AUGCUGGGCUUCUUCUUUCCUCCAUUUCCCUUACUUUUCCCGCCAUUGUUUUUCCUUUUUUUAACCCCCCACUUUCUCACACAUUGUUUUUACUCUAGGUCGUCGUCGACUUACGACAUAUAUGACUUACAACUGUUCGACUUUACGACCACGACCGCGAAUUGGUAUGUCUGGCAGUCUGGCCACGACUGCUACACGUUUGGCAACGUGAGUGCUUUCCACUUUUUUUCUUUCAUUCUUACUCAUUCGUUCAUUUAUUCAUUAUUUUUCUUUCGUUUCCAACUUAUUGAUACUUUCUUUCUUUUCUUCCGCAUCCACCACAUUUCUUUCUUUCUUUCUUUCUUUCUUUCUUUCUUUCUUUCUUUCUUUCUUUCUUUUUUUCCCUUCUAUACUUCCUUUAUUGAUUCAUUUAUUUUCUACCUCAUUUUUCAUUCUUUCAUUCUUUCUUUUUCAUUUUUUCUUUCUUUCUUUCUUUCUUUCUUCUUUCUUUCUUUCUUUCUUUCUUUCUUUCUUAUUCACCAUACCUUUUCCUUUUUUUCUUACUUUUUUCUUUAUUUUCCACUUCAUAUCCAGUUUCAUUCUUUCUUUUUUCAUUCUUUCUUUUUUUCUUUUUUCUUUAUUUAUUUCUUUCUUUCUUCCUUCUUUUUUUCUUUCUUUCUUUCUUUCUUAUUCACCAUACCUUUUCCUUUUUUCUUACUUUUUUCUUUAUUUUCCACUUCAUAUCCACAUAUGACUCCUCUUCGUCUUUCUCUUGUUCCGCUAAUUCAUUCUAUUAAUUUAUUUACCUUUUCUUCUUUUUUUUUGACUCUUUCUUCACGAGAAUCUUCUUUUUCACUGUCACUAUCCUUCUUUCAUGUUUUUGAAGUUUUUCAUUCCAUGUAUUUUUCUUCGUUUCGUAUUCUUUCUUUGAUUUUCAAAAUGUUCUUUUAUUUCUUGCACUUUUCCUUUGAGUCGCUUUUUUCCUUUUUUUUUUUUGUUUUCUUUCCUUCAUUUUCGUUACCACUCUUUCUAAUUCUUUUUUUUUUUUUUACUUUUUUGUAUUUUUUAUUCUCAAUAUUUUUUCCUUCCACAUUUAUUCUUCUGAAAUUUAUUUUCACCUUUUUGUAUUUUCUUUCCUUCAUUCUCAAUAACAUUAUUUCUUUAUUUUUUUCUCUUGUGAGUUUUUUCCCUACUUUUUCUUCUUUUCGUCAUUCUUUUGUUUUCAUUGAAUGUUCCUUUUCCUUUCGUUCACAUUCUCUUCUUUGCCUCCUUGAUGCCUUUACUGCAUUCCUUCUUCUUCUUCUUCUUCUUCUUCUUCUUCUUCUUCUUCUUUUGAUAUCUUUCACAUUUUAUUGCAUUUGA